AUGGAUUUUUUUGAUACCAACAAUGAAUUAUUAGAUGAAUUGAAGAGGAAAUUUCAUUCAAUGAAAACAAAUGAUCAACUUUGUGAUGAAUUUUGGAGAAGUGUUGCCGCCAUCGUGGACAUCCAGGACGGAAAAGCUAGUCCUUCUUCAUGGGAUAGCCCAUUGGAAUUGAAGAACUUCUCUUGUCUUGAAAAUGUUUUCGAGACAUUUAAUGGGUCCAUUAUACACAAAACCAAUUUCACUAUUGACGACAUAGAUUAUCAAAAAGCUCAGAAUAUGAUUGAAACCAAUAAAAUGCUACUUUUACAUUACCUUAUGAAUGAAGCUGAAAGACAGAGAGAAAAAAUGCAAUCAUCACAAUUAAUCAACGAGAGUUUCGGCAAUCUAGAAGGGGCUGGUUCUCUAAGACCAGAAAUUAUAAAAAGAAUCUUAAAUGCUCUUCAAACAAAGGCAUUAUUGUUACUCAAUCCGCCAGUAUUAUUGCUACAAGAGGAGAGUGUUUUGCCAGGAAAAGAGAAAAUAACUGAAAGCAGUAGUGGACCAAUAAAAGGCUCAAAAGGUUCCAAGUUUUAUACAUCAAGUUACAGAAAAAAUAACCUCUACAAAUCCCUUCGUUACUGCUUUAUUGAAAGGCGUAAUGAUUUGACAAUAGAAACAUGGAUAGGUGAGCUUGCUGGUGUCAUCGCGCAGGCCAGCGCGAAAAACAUACAGACUCCAAGUGAUUUAUUGCAGUUAGAUAAUCACUCAAAUGAAGCGGAUUUUUCUUCAAGUUUAUUCGAGACUACAUUAAAGCCAACUUUCUUGAUGAUUUCCAAAAUGAUGGAAAUCAAGGGACUCGAAAAAGUUGGAUUACGACAUCAAACAAGAAUAAAUUUUUCUGUUCGUGAAAAAGACAAAGUAAAGUACUUUACAAAUAUUGUUGAUUUCACUGUUAGAAGCCAACAAGGAAUAUAUUUUCCUAUUGAAUUGAAACUUCCAUCAUUAGCACAACAUCUUCAAAGAAUUAAAGAAAGUUAUUUUGGUACAAAGAAAAAGACCAGUAAGGAAUUCUUUGUAAACAUGAAAUGUUUAUCAAAUUUAUGUUCGCAAGCUGUGUACCAGGCAAUUGGAGGACACUCUAUAGGCGGAGUUUUAACAGACACACAAAGCUUCCUUCUAUUUUGUUUUGAUCUUUCAGAGCUUCAGAAAAACCAAGAGCUCCAGGGAAAAUUGAGAAAAUAUGAAAAAUCCAAGGACAAGUGGGAAAUUGAGCGUUUAGUUCGUGAAAUCGAGACCUUCAUGGAUAAUCAUUUGGAAAAAAUUAUUACAAAUCACCCCUUCAAAACUGCAGAUACAAUUAAUAUCACCCAAAUUGACAUGAAAACAUUAUGCCUAACAAAUGACUCAAUGGUAGAAAAUGAUUUUUCUAUCACAUUGAAAUUGUUGGUGUUCAUCUAUAAGGUGAUGGCAAUGAACAUUGAGCACCAAACAUUGAUAAGAUUCUUUUAUGACAGACUUCUACAGAAGCUUUUAUUAAGCACCAGAGAGAAAUUAGAAAUAAUCAAAGAUAGCCAGAAAGCAAUAAGCCUAUUUUAUAAAUUUAUUUUCAAAGAAGAUCAACGAGCAGGAAAAUUGUUUCAGACGGUGUGUCCAAGCGUAAGAUUCUUAGAAAAUAGAAAAAGGGACUUUGAUAAGGCGCAUGAGAUUGUCACUCGAGACAGCAUUGCCAAAUUUGAGAGAAACAUAGAACUCAAAGAUUUAAAAAUGGAAGAAAUUUUGUCAGGGGAAAAUGUUGGAGAGCGUCUCAGCACAGUGCUCAAGGUGCUGAACAGAGACGGUUCGCAUAGCGUUAUCAAGUUGUUAGAUGUACAUCGGAUUUAUGAUGGGUCGGAGGUUUCUGACAGUGAAUUAACCAUGGAGGACAAAAUCAAAUUGUCAAUCGACUUGUUCUCGAAAGAAUUAAUUUGUUAUUUAGCACUAGCCGGGACAAAUAUAACACCAACCCUCGAAUCUUUUGGUCUCCUAAGAAAUGAAAAAUAUGAAUCAUUAUCAACAUCUGAUUUGGAACACUUUGUUAAUAAUUCCACUGAUCUGACCUACCUCUCGGGGUUAUACAUAAAAUUCAAUUUUAUCGAGGAUAAUCCCCCACUGAAUGAAAAUGAGUGGUUGUUGACUUUCCUUAUGGCUAUGAAAAAACUUAUUUGCAUGCACCAGAACAAAAUCUUUCACGGUGAUAUAAAACGUGGAAACUUCAAAAUAAUGAGCUAUCAGGAAUACGAAAAGAAAACUUGUGAUUUUUUAUUCUUGGAUUUUGGUAUUUCAAUUGCUAAAAUAAAGAUCAAAGCAGGGGAUGGCAAUAAAUACCUGUCGGAUGACAUUUUCUACAACAAAUUAUUCCUGCGUGAUUUACAAAAAACUGAAGAGUUGGUUAAAAAUGACAUAAGUCUGAUAGUAGCGGCAUUUAGUGAUCUUGGUUGCCCGAAAAAAUACCCGAAAAAAGUAAUCUCUCACACUCUAAAAACAGAAAUCGAGAAUUUAGAGAAAUGUGUUAAGACAGUCAGUCAGAAGAUAAAAAGACAUGGGAAGGGCAUCAAGACAGGCACUACAGAGAUGGCAGAAGAUGGACAGCCCGGGUCAAAGAGGCAAAAGAGAGAUCUGUAUGAUGAAGAGUUUUUGGAGCUUACUCAAGAAGAGAGAAAGUUUACUCAAUUGGAAAAAUUUUUCGACUCAAUAUUAAAACUAAUUAAUCGAUCUAGGAAAGAUGUUAUUUUUAGUUUCGAUGAUUUGGUGGAUAUUGUGAUUCGCGCUCGUCUAGGUCUUCCUAAAACUGAUAUUCGUUUUCAUUAUUGUGAGUUUAUCAAGAAGACUUUAAAUUCCUCUUGA